AUGUCUGAGGCGUCAGCAGAUGUAGAAGAGUUAGACAGCGAACGAAAGUCGAACACUACGAACGAUGAGCAACCACCUGUCAAUGUUGGCGAGACAGUUAAUGUCCAGCAUGGAGAACUUAGUGGAGGCAGUUUUGAUUCUAUUGGUAAUGAAGAAGCACCUAGUAGACACGACGAGGGAAGCGAGGUUGAGCAUGGAGAACUUAGUGGAGGCAGUUUUGAUUCUAUUGGUAAUGGAGAAGCACCUAGCAGGCAUGACGAGGGAAGCGAGGUUGAGAGCUACUUGCCAGCCAUUCAGUACCUGCGUCAGGACAAAUGUGAAGUUGAUUGUAUCAUUCAAGUAAAUGGAAGGGUCCUUGGUGUAGUUUCAUAUUUUCACGUUAUCGAGCGAGGGAUGCGUGCAUCGAAAUACGGAGACACAAGUAUAGGUGCGUCCCCACUUCAUAAAGACCCCAAGAUCAACCGAUCGUUUGACGCUCAAAAGCGCAACGGAUUGGCCCAUGGGCAUAGGUUAAAUACAUUGAGCCGCGACUCUGGCCACCUGCACUAA